AUGAAGGAAUCAACUGAUGAGGUUUUUGAAGAUGAGCAAGAAGACAUUGACAACGUAGAAGGCACAGAUAUGUGGAAGACAAUGUCUAACAUGUUUAUGUUGCCGCUCCUACUCGAUCCUGUCUUCCUAAUUUUUGCUAUUUCAAACAUGUUGUCUUCUGUCGGCUUUAAUUCGCCACUAUAUUUUCUACCUUUGCAUGCCCAAAGAGGUGUUGGGCUUGAUUCUGCUCGUUCAUCUGCUGUGCUAUCUGCUUUCGGUGAGGGAUUUUUCCUUCUCAUGUGCUUUCCGCUGAUUUUUUUUGUUAGCGCGAGCUUUUCAGGGCUUAGUAACAGUAUUGGCCGUAUUGUGUACGGUGUUAUUGCCGACCACAAGCUCCCCCUUCCUUACGGCUGGGGUAACAACGUGGUUAGAAAUAGGCUCUGGAUGUACAACAUUUCACUCACGAUCUGUGGUGUACUAACAAUCUUCUGCUUCCUUUUCACGUCAUUCAUGUCACUCUCAGUUUACGCUGCACUGCAUGGAUUCUUUCUCUCGGCGUACAUUUGCUUAGCAAGUGUCAUUCUUGUGGAUCUCCUUGGAUUGGAUAAGCUUACCAACGCUUUUGGCCUUUUAUUAUUGUGGCAGGGGGUCGGUACAGUAGCUGGACCACCAAUAGCUGGAUUCCUUGCUGAUAUCAACGGUGGCUAUAUUUGGUCAUUUGUUUUUAGUGGCACUAACCUACUUGUAUCGGGUCUCAUGCUGUUCGCCGUUCCGUAUCUCCAGAAGAAACAACGAGCUCUGAGCGCUACUCCUUGA